CGGCGCAGCGGACGGCGCCGCCGGGGCCGGGACGGCUGCAGCCCGCGGGCCACGAGCGCUCCCGGCCGCCGCCCCCGCUGCUGCGUCCCGCCGCCCGGGCGGCAUGAGCCCGCGGCCGCGGUUCUGAGCGCCCCGCUCCUCCGCCCGGACGUGCCGGCCGAGGUGACGGGUGCUCGCUGCAGGGCUGGGGGCCAUGAAGCCGAGUCCGGCCGGAGUGGCGAGGGAGCUGGAGCCGCAGGCGCCGGCCCGGGGCGAGCAGCGCGCGGCGGAGCCCGAGGGGCGCUGGCGGGAGAAGGGCGAGGCGGACACGGAGCGGCAGCGCACCCGCGAGCGGCAGGAGGCCACGCUGGCCGGGCUGGCGGAGCUGGAGUACCUGCGCCAGCGCCAGGAGCUGCUGGUCCGGGGCGCCCUGCGCGGCACUGGGGGUGCGGGCGCCGCGCCCCGAGCCGGGGAGCUGCCGGGGGAGGCGGCGCAGCGCAGCCGCCUGGAGGAGAAGUUCUUGGAGGAGAACAUUUUGCUGCUGCGGAAGCAAUUGAAUUGUUUGAGGAGAAGAGAUGCUGGUUUGUUGAAUCAGUUGCAAGAACUUGACAAGCAGAUAAGUGACCUGAGACUCGAUGUAGAAAAGACAUCUGAAGAGCACCUGGAGACAGACAGCCGGCCCAGCUCAGGGUUUUAUGAGCUGAGUGAUGGGGCUUCAGGAUCCCUUUCCAAUUCCUCUAACUCGGUCUUCAGUGAGUGUUUAUCCAGUUGUCAUUCCAGCACCUGCUUUUGCAGCCCCUUGGAGGCAACCUUGACUAUCUCGGAUAGUUGCCCCAAAUCUGCAGAUCUCAUAGGAUGGUUGGACUAUACAGAAGGCCACUGUGAAGACCAGGCCUCAGAGGCAGUUUGCUGUUUCCCCUCCACAUCACAAUUUAAUCCCCUUGGUGUCAUUGCAGAUGUGAAUCCCAAGUACCAGUGUGAUCUGGUGUCUAAAAACGGGAAUGAUGUCUAUCGCUAUCCCAGCCCACUCCAUGCUGUGGCCGUGCAGAGCCCCAUGUUUCUCCUCUGCCUGACAGGCAGCCCUCUGAGGGAAGAGGAGAGGCUGGGCAACCACACCAGUGACAUUUGUGUCGGGUCUGAGCUGGACGCCAUCAAGACGGAGGCGUCCUUGCCGUCCCCGAGCAGCGUGUGGCCUGCUCCCCAUCCCUCAUCCAGCAAGAAAAUGGAUGGCUACAUCCUGAGCCUGGUCCAGAAGAAAACACACCCGGUAAGGACCAACAAGCCAAGAACCAGUGUGAACGCGGACCCCACGAAGGGACUUCUGAGGAACGGGAGCGUUUGUGUCCGAGUGACUGGGGGUGUCUCCCAGGCCAAUCCCGGGAACCUUAAGAAUUCCAAACAGGCGCCUCUGCCCCCGGUCGGAGUCCCCUCUUUGGACAACGGGACCUUCUCCCCACCGAAGCAGUGGUCAAAAGAACCGAAGGCAGAACAACUGGAAAGCAAGAGGCUGCCCUUGCCAGAGGGCUGCUCGCCUGGCGCCGCCCCUGAACUUCCAAGUAAGCAUCCACCCAAAAAUGCCAAGCUGGCCUCCCAGGAGCAUGUGCGGUGCCCCACCACUGUGCUAGGGGAGGCCCCCAAGGAGAGCAGCCCGAUCCCAGCUGCCUCUCCAAAAGAGAGCCCUGGGAGAGGCCUCGCCCCGCUGCAGGAGAACAAAGUUGUCCCGCCGCUGAAAAAGACGGCACCGAGGAACGGCCUGCAGCCCCCUCCUGCCCCGCCGGCACCCCCGUCCUCAGCGUUCCCCGUGGAAGAGCGGCCUGCCCUGGAUUUCAAAAGCGAGGGCUCUUCUUCUCAAAGCCUGGAAGAGGGGCCUCUGGUGAAGGCGCACUUCGUCCCUGCGCCGCAGCCGGGCGCGCGGCCGCACCGGGGCACCCGGACCGCCGCUGCGCCCCGGGGCUCCGCCCUGAAGCACAGGGCCCAGGCCCUCCAUGGCCCCGACGGCGCCUUGCCCACCGUGAGGGAGAAAACCCGGGCCGCCGGCAAGAAGUGUCGGUUCCCCGACGACCUGGAUACAAAUAAGAAACUCAGGAAGGUCUCUGCCAAAGGGAGGAGGAGUGGGGGCGGCCACGCCGAGGCGGGCCUCCCCGGCCGGCCGCUCGGGGCUGCCCACCGGCCCGGGGGCAGGGCGCACGGCCACGGGCGCGAGGCGGUGGUGGCCAAGCCCAGGCACAAGCGAACCGACUCGCGGCGGUGGAGGUCGGCCGCCGAGGUCUCCUACGAGGAGGCUCUGCGGCGCGCGCGGCGGGGCCGGCGGGAGGGCGCGGGGCUGUGCGCGGCCGCCGUGGCGCUGCCCUUCGCCAGCCCCUACGCCUACGUGGCCAGCGACUCCGAGUACUCGGCCGAGUGCGAGUCCCUCUUCCACUCCACCGUGGUGGACACCAGCGAGGACGAGCAGAGCAACUACACCACCAACUGCUUCGGGGACAGCGAGUCCAGCGUGAGCGAGGGCGAGUUCGCGGGCGAGAGCACCAGCACCAGCGACUCGGAGGAGAGCGGGGGCCUCAUUUGGUCCCAGUUCGUCCAGACGCUCCCCAUCCAGGCGGUCGCGGCCCCCGACCUUCACAGCAACCCCGCCAAGACCUUUGUCAAAAUCAAGGCUUCCCACAACCUCAAGAAGAAAAUCCUCCGCUUCCGGUCCGGCUCUUUGAAGCUGAUGACCACCGUUUGAGGACAUCUG